UUUGAUUUGUACCUGUAUGUUGGUGGUUAUUGGUCAGAAGAAGGAUUAUAUCAUGGUGGAGAGGCUCAUAUGGUGGGUAGGUUAAGUGAGGAGACAUUUACCUUGAAGUCUGUUUCUAUGUACGUAAAGGAGCUCUAUGGGUAUGACGAGAACAUGAGCAAAGUGUCGUGGUUUCCACCAGAAACACCUCACAAGAAAGAAGACGUAGAGGAUGAUGAGAUUUUAAGAAGGAAAGUGCUGCAUUAUGCUUUGGGAUCAGGAGCUAUGACUCUAUAUGUGGUUCGAGAAGAUGAUCCAUAUAUUGGGAGGCAUUCAAGUGUUAGAGUAUUGCGCUUAUCAGAUGAGAUUCCUGAAGAAAACGGUCGUAGUGACAGUAGUAGUGGUGAUAGUGAUUCAGAUUCAGAGGCUGAUGAUAAUAUUAUCGAGCAAGAUGAAGAAGAAGAAGAGCACGAGAGUAGUGGUCAUAGUGAUCUGGCCAAUGUUGUGGCACAAGUAGAUGAAAGUAAGUAUCGCAUGUUUAGGUUGGGGCAAAAAUACAGAUCAAUCGAGUCCUUCAGGAAUGCUAUUACUCGAUAUGCGGUGAGGAAGAGGAGAGAUCUUAGUUUUGAGAAGUCAGAUAGCAAGCGUGUAGUAGCAAUUUGUUCAGACAAGAAGUGUCAAUGGAGGAUUUAUGCAUCUAUCAACAGCAGCAGUAUUAGAGUGGUUGUUAGGUCGUUCAAUGAUGUGCAUAACUGCACAUGGCAAGGCGAGUAUGAGGUUGCCUAUUUUAAUGACAGGUUUGUAGUGCAAAUGAGAGGUGAACCGAGUUGUGGCUGCAGGAUGUAUAAAGUGAGUGGCAUCCCUUGCUGCCACAUGCUUUCUACCCUGCGUAUGGAGAGACACGCUGAUCAAGAUCCAAAUCUUCUUCUUUCUCACUGGUUCACCAUAGAGAAGCUAAGAAGCUGCUACUCUACUCCAUUGAAGGCGGUUGGAAGCAUGAACAUGUGGAAUAGCACUGAUGCGCGUGUAAAUCCACCUCCAUAUAAGAGGCCUCCUGGGAGACCUCCAGGAAAGAAAAGAAAGAGAGAAGUUGGUGAAACAAGACCGGGAAUGAUUCCUAAGAGAGGAACUAAAAUUCAUUGCGGCCUAUGUGGACAAGAAGGACACAACAGGCUAUAUUGUAAGAGUCUACCUGUUGAUAAGCCGCUUUCAAACCCACGUGGGAGACCAAGGAUACGUCCGGCUACGGAAGCAUCGUCUUCUCAAGCACCAGUGAUGUCUUCUCAAGUGCCUGUUAUAUCUGCAUCGUCUUCUCAAGCACCGGUGGUAUCUGCUCAACUUGUUGCACAAAGCCAACCAAUGGAAGAUCUUCCAAGUCUUUCAGCUGCUCUCCCAAAAAGGCGUAGUGGAAGACCUCGCAAAACUCAAUUUGAUUAG